CAUGCGAAAAAUUGCAGAAUGGGUACUCAAGUGAAAGAUGUUGUCCUCAAGCCUGACGCCCCACAAACGCUGCUCUUGGACAAGCAUGCAGACUACAUCGUUGCCUAUGGCUCUAAAAAGGAUGAAUAUGAAUACACGUUGUCGGAGUACUUGAGGAUGAGUGGGGUCUUCUGGGGGCUGACGGUGAUGGAUCUGAUGGCCCAGCUUCAUAGGAUGAACCGUGACGAGAUUACAGAGUUCAUCAAGGCCUGUCAGCACGACUGUGGAGGCCUCAGUGCCAGCAUUGGACAUGAUCCUCACCUCCUGUAUACCCUCAGCGCAGUUCAGAUCUUGUGCUUGUAUGACAACGUCGAUGUGAUCAAUGUGGACAAAGUGGUGGAAUACGUUAAAGGACUACAGCAGGAAGAUGGCUCAUUUGCAGGGGACAAAUGGGGAGAAAUUGACACAAGGUUUUCCUUCUGUGCUGUUGCCACUCUUGCAUUGCUGGGCAAGUUGGACGCGAUCAAUGUUGACAAGGCUGUAGAGUUUGUCUUAUCCUGUAUGAACUUUGAUGGGGGAUUUGGCUGCCGGCCUGGUUCCGAGUCUCAUGCCGGCCAGAUUUACUGUUGCACAGGAUUCCUGUCCCUUACCAGUCAGCUUCAUCAGGUGAAUGCGGACCUGCUGGGCUGGUGGCUCUGUGAGAGACAGCUGCCAUCUGGGGGCCUCAACGGACGCCCUGAGAAGCUUCCAGAUGUGUGUUAUUCAUGGUGGGUGCUUGCCUCACUAAAGAUCAUCGGUAGAAUCCACUGGAUAGACAAGGCCAAGCUGCGCGGCUUUAUUCUGGCCUGCCAGGAUGAGGAGACGGGAGGAUUUGCUGACAGACCGGGAGACAUGGUGGACCCUUUCCACACCCUGUUUGGGGUGGCGGGCCUCUCCCUCCUUGGCGACGAACAGAUCAAGCCAGUUAACCCUGUGUUGUGUAUGCCCGAGGACGUCUUGCAGAGGAUAGGCCUGCAGCCAGACCUUCUGAGCUAACCAUCACAUGGCAUCACCCACCACCACAGGCCUACCCAGCACCCCCUCAGCCGCACACCAACUUCCCCAGGAAACAGGGAUUGUUGUUGGGAGCAGAGAGAGGACCACCACUCACGCAUGCUACGGUCAGGUGAAGACUAGACACUUGUUUUAGCUGCAGGUUUGCCACAGGUUUCUGCGGACAUCGAAGAUGAGCUGACUUCGCACAGCUCCACCAUGAUUCUUCUGAGCCAUUCUGGUAUAACCCCUCUUCUGUGUACUAAGUUCUAGCUCAUGCUGCAAGGGAAGGAACCAGUUUGAUGAAUCGAAUUCAGAUCCCUAUUUGGAAGGAAUUGAAUUCAGCUGUUCUGAUUCUGAUGCUUAACCACUGUUGUGAUAGCCAAGGGGAACAUUCAGGAACGUCCCACAACAUUCUGAGUUGCUUAGAUGAGUAACAAGAUGUUCUCAGAGGAAAAGCAAUUGAACACCUAUCAAACUGUUUAGGAAGAGUUUUUAAAAUGUUUUUUUUGUCAGCUACCACCAUCUUUCCACUUUACUGUAGAGGUGAGUGUAUUUGUUCCUCCUUGACUUGAAAUAUUUUGGUUAUGCUUGGAGUAAACCAGUAGCACCAUAUCCUGGUUCCUUGUCUUGCUCAAUGGGAAUAGUAGUUGGUCUCCGUUUACUGCCGAGUGCUCUAGCCAGGGUAGUGAAGGCUGUUGGUUGACCAGUGACUGGCACACAAAACAGAGGUGAGCUCAAUAUGGAAACAAGUCAAAUUAAAUGCAUUGGAAGUUUUACGUGAUUUCAUUAUUCUUGUGUUUUUAUUUGUAAUUUUCCAUCGUCUGCACUCGGAAACAUCACGGACCGCCCAAGGGUAAAAACUGGAUGAAACCAUCAAAUCUUGGGGCUCUUUUGGGAUUAGACCUUUCUCUGUGUCUCAGCUCAAAUAAUAGCUUGCCUCUUUUAGAAUUAACAGCUUCUCAAAGGUCAUCCCCCCGUUCUGUGCAAGCAUACUACAAAAAUGAUCACUGUGCUGAUCGGCCUGGCAACAGGAGACUUGUUGCAGCAGAAUAUCUAUUUGCUUUGUUUGUCUUGUCAUUGCUUUUUUUUUUUUAAUCUCACACUUAAAAUAUAUGUCUUUUUAUGGGCGGGGGGGCAUGAAGUCAGUGAACUUAAAAUUGUUCGGGGACUGGAAGUGUCGCAGGUAAGAACAUAUGAUUAUUAGCUUUGGCUAAUCAAGAUACUAAAUGAUUUAUGCACAGUUACAGCCACACUAUUUAUUUAUUGAGUUCCUGUUACCUGACACAACGUUGUCGUUUAACGGUAUUUCUAGAGAGGAGAAUGGUCGGAACUGUCCUCAGCACUCGUAUCUGUAAGACUGUAAAAUGUCUUCUCAUGACCCGACACUGUCUGUGACGUCUAAUGUUGAACUGACUUACAUGUACUUUUUUUUUUAUAUGUACAUUUCAGGUUUGUGUUGAAACCUUUUUGCAUAUAGCCAUAUUUAUAUGGUAACGGAUGUGUUCUGUGUCGGCUUACUACACUCUCGUUGCUUGAAUGAUGUCCACUUGUCAGCCGUAUGGGGACUCUUGUCUAUUUGCUGGUUAUAAGAACGGUCCUUUGCUAACUUAACAGUGGGUAAAUAAAGGAACCAUUGAAAUCAUGAAUUUUAUGUUAUGAUUAAUCACUGUGGGAUUUUGCUGCCUAGUUUAGAAACUCGUUUUAGAAACGAAGUAAUAUGAUCAUUUGACUCUCGUUUCAUUUUAGUCCCGCUGAUGAAUUCUGUGCCCUGUGAUGGCCUGGCGGCCUGUCCGGGGUGUCUCCCCCACCUGCCGCCCAAUGACUGCUGGGAUAUAGGCUCCAGCAUCCCUGCGACCCUGCGUGAGGAUAAGCGGUUUGGAUACUAGAUGGAUGAAUGAAUGGUGAAUUCUGUUCUGGUGUCAGAGAUGAGAGCAUGGUUUGAAACAAAACGCUUUUCUGGAAUAUUCUAAAAAGAAAUCAUUAAAAACUUAAAGAAUGAGUUGACUGAGUCAGGCUUUAACUGCCUAAUGAACUACCAGUAAUUGGGAAGCAGCUCAAAAUACCAUGGAGUCCACUUAUUUAUGCACAUCUGGGAUAGGCUCCAGCAUCCCCACGACCCUGAGAGCAGGAUAAGUGGUUGAGAUAAUGGAGGGAUGUGAGAAAUUACAUCAUUAAUGUAUUUCUCUUUGCAACAAAUGUCUAUUAAUUCCCCUUAAAUGUGAUUGACCUUAUCUUUUUUCCAUGGUGAGACUAUUGAUUGGGCCACCCACUGAUUGGGGCAAAUGCCCUCAGCUACCACAAAACAUACUGGGGGUUUUGCAUUUGCACAGAUGCUAUUACAGAUGGGAAAAGGACCCAGACUAAAGCCUACUUGUAAAGUACACAGUCAAUCUCUGACGCUGUAGUUAUCGUUACCCAUCCAUCCAUUAUCCACGCCACUUAUCCCAACGGGGGUGGUGGGAUGCUGGAGCCUAAACCAGCAGUCAUUGGGUGGCAGGCAGGGAGACACCUUGGACAGGCCAUCAGGCCAUCACAGGGCCCACACACACAUUCACACCUAGGGACAAUUUAGUACGGACGAUCCACCUGACCUACAUGUCUUUGGACUGUGGGAGGAAACCGGGGCAUCCGGAGGAAACCCACGCAGACACGGGGAGAACAUACAAACUCCACACAGAGGACGACCCGGGACGACCCCCAAGGUUGGACUACCCCGGGGCUCGAACCCUCUUGCUGUGAGGCGACCGUGCUAACUGCUGCACCACCGUGACGCCCUGUUAUUGUUAUAUGGGCCCAAAAUAAAGUCUAAUGAUGCAGGGCUCCCAGCAAUAUUCAGGUGGCCCAAGCUAGUCCUUAUUAAUGCAUGGUCUCCAGCUCUUAAGUAUAUUGUCUGCUAAUAUGUGGCUGUAGCUUUAGUCUCUGUUCCUGUGGGUGUUUGAUCCAUUAUUCUGUUGCUAUAUGGCCUCCCAACUGCAGUGGUGAUGGAUACAAGGGCCCCAGUUUCUGACUCGCUGUAGCUCAUGCACAGAUAGCCCCUUGCUUUUACUGUGAAACCAAGCACAAA